AACAGCCAGCUUAGUCUCGCUGUACCGAGCAGAGCGAGUCGCUGUGACCGCUCCGCUCACCUCACACUGAGCUGAGCACGAGGGCUCGAGGUCGAAGUGCAACCUGAAAAAACUCACUCGCACGUCACAUUCGUCACUGUUGUCGCUUACUUUGUUGAAGUCCAUGGCACUUCGAGAAGUUUCCGUCUCGCUGUGUGGACCGAGGAGUCGAACGUGAGACCUGAGCCGUUUCCAGCUCUGAGGGUCUGUGAGCUUUUUGAAGAGGGUCGUGUUUUUUAGGAAGAGCACUUGAAAGACGCUGCUAACCGGCUCUGCCUUCGCCACAGGCGGUGCGUGUGUAGAUAACGGGAGUCUUUCAGAGGACUAAGAGGAAACGUGAGGAGUGAGAAGCGAGAGGAGAGAGAAGAGCGGACAGACUUCAUAUGCUGAGGAAUGGAGCCCCGAGUCGGAGAGAAACUUGGCACCUUGCUGUCAGCUUUCACAUUUCUGUGGCUUUUCUCAGGUGUACUGGCCCAGCUACAGCUGCCCCAGUCAAAUGUGGAGGUGAUUCAGGGGCAGGUGGCGGUCCUCCAAGCCUACUACACAGGGGGUGACAUCACCCGUGCCACUGUUAUCUGGAACAUGUUAGACAAGUCCAUUAUGGUGAUUUCCUUUGUAAGUGGUGUUGUAGAUCAAAAUGCUCAGUUUAAAGACAGAGUGGGUUUUGUCAAUUCAAUGCCCAGCAACAACCUGUCGAUCUACAUGAAUAACACUGUGGAGUCAGAUUCGGGUAAAUAUACGUGCCAGGUUGUCUUGCCAGGUGCCUCUGGAUCUCCCAUGGAGCUGACACUUAAUGUGAAGAUCCCUCCUGCCCUGCCUGUGUGUGCACUGCAGGGGAAGCCAGUACUCAAAGCCAAUGUCACACUCUCCUGCCACUCCAGCACUGGAAAACCUACACCCAAAUACAAGUGGUCCAAAACCAGCCCGUCCUCAGAGGUCUUCUUCUCCCCAAUGCUCAACGAGACUGCUGGCACUCUGAAGCUCAAUAACCUCAGCAGCAACAUGUCAGGGAAGUACGAAUGCACAUCCUCCAACUCCGCAGGAGAGGAAAAGUGCUACAUCAACCUGGAGGUCAUCACCUCAACGGAUGCCGGGGUGAUAGCUGGUGCCACAGUGGGUGCAGUGGUGGGCUUUGUCCUGAUCGUCCUCUUCAUCAUUUUCUUAUGGACAAGAAAGAGGGACACAGAGGAAGAUCUGGCCAAUGACAUCAAGGAGGACGCUCAGGCUCCCAAGCGCGUCUCGUGGGCGAAGAGCGGCACAGGAUCAGACAUCAUCUCCAAGAAUGGCACUCUGUCGUCCGUCCAUUCCAGCCCUCACCCCCGAGACACCCACAACCACUACCAGCACAACUAUCCCCACCCCCACCCCACCUCCGACACGGCAUCCAUCAUCACCAGCAGCACAGCGGGUUACCGUCCCCGUCCCGUCGCCAACUUGGCCACCCCAGAGCACACUCUGCCUGGCUACAACACUGAUCCCACCCUGCCCCGGCAGCCCCCUGCUCCCCCUAGCUCCAACGGAGGCUCCCUGCCCCGGACUGAAGCGACCCAGCCACAGAUGCCACACCCACAAGCCCUCCCCACUGGAGUCAGCAUCGCCAACAUCUCCCGGAUGGGGGGUGUGCCCAUCAUGGUGCCAGCACAGAACCAAGCUGGCUCUCUGGUGUGAAGCCAGUCUGUUUUAACAGCUUAGAGAUAUUACAGCGCCCCCUGCUGGACCUCACAGUGGAAAGAUUACACUGACCCAGUUCAGUUUGACCCGACAGGUGCCCAGUCAAAGAAUGUGCAGUAUGAUGUAACUCUCUUUACUGCAGUGAUGUUUUUUUUAUGUUUUUUAUAUACUAAAUAUUAAGAGUUUAUGUAAUAAAAAAACACAAAAACAUUGGUUCAGUACCCCUAUUUCUGUUAUUUAAUAUAUUAUCUUUUUUUUUUUUAAAUACUUUAACAGAGUAUUCCAAAAAAAGUGUUGCAGAGAAGUCUGACCUGUACAGUUACUGAAGCACAUGUUAUAAUGGACAAGCAACUGUUCAGCUUUAGUUAGUUAGAAUGACUUUGUUGUUGUUAUUGCAAACACUGUGCUUUAUUGAUUUGUUCUUUUAAAGAUGUUAAAACACAUUGUUAAAACGGAACUCAAGGCCUAGUGCACAUUAUUUAAUUUUUCAUUGUAUGUUUUAUAUUAAGUUCACCUGUCAUUUGUAUAUAAGCAGCAGCAAAACAGGAGAAUUGUUUGUCUUUUUUUCACACCCUCGACAUAUAUUUGCCUUUAAAUGUUCUUUGGCCAAAAAUAUAUAGGAAAUAAAUACAUAGUAGCUUUUAGAAAUGUAGCUGUUGUAGCUCUUUUUCAACACAGAAUGUAGAAAUUGGCAUAUACGAGUAGUAAAGUAGAUAUUUUGGUCCUUAUUUUCUUGUUUCUAAACAAAAAAGAUAGCAGUAAUGAUGUAAACUAAAUAGAUAUCUACCUGAACCUGUAAAUAAGAUAUCUAUUCUUAUUUCAUCUCAAUGGUUCCCUACACACACACACACACACACACAUAUACUGUUUUUAUGAUUUAACUUAAUGUUACUUUCGGAGUAGUGAACUGGAUAUCAAACCAAAGAUAUGCUGUGUUAGUCACUGGUGUAUGAAUAGCUCUUAAUGAUCCAGGUUUGACAAGCAGGAAUGGUAUACUAUAACUUGUGGCCGUUUGUCAUUAUUAUGUUUGGACCUACAGGAUUUCCUAAAAGAUAGAAAUGAAUGUGGAAUAGUGUGUUCUUAAGUAACAGCAAAGUAAGAUCAGUAAAUAUGCUUGCCCGCAAGGGGCGAAGUAUGUCCUUUUUCAUUUUUCAAUGUAACUAAUAUUUCGGGAGAACUACAAUAGAAGUCCUUUGUUACCCUCAACAGUUCUGUUAGUGAUUCAGCAACCCAUACAAUCUGUCCUCACUGGAAUUUGGCUGGAUAGUCAGGCAUUUGUGUCAGGAUACAUUGAUUCUAUUAACCGUUUCUUCACAAACCCUCUUCACCAAAUGCUGUAUUAGUGGUUAUGUCUUUUGCUUUUUAAUGCAUUGAACUGUUUUUGAACUGCAGAAUAUUUAAUUGCAUUAAUGGUAACACCAACCGAGCCCCUUCAACGAAAAACUAUAAUCAAUCCAUCCUUUUUGGAUUAUCAUUUAUUUUGUUUUCUAUUUUAUUUUGUACAGCUUUUUCAAAUUAAAAAGCCAAACUACGGCUUAUUUACAUUUUAAUAACCCCUUUAUUUUAAAUACAGGGCAUCAAACAAUGUCUUGCCAUGCUUACAUGAUUAUUACCAAAAAUGUCACAUAUACUGUUGUUCAUUGCAAGAUUCAAUUAUUACACUGAAUGUUGCUAUAUUUUUGUCAGCUUGUGAGCUGAAGUGCUGAACUGCGUGUUUUGUGAGUGAAUGUUGGACAGGCACUUGUAUGAGCACAUUCAUUUACUGUAUAUGGCCAACCAUACUGUGUUUCAUGUACAUAACCCAAACAGAGUGUAUUAGCUUUUAUUAAGGUUCAUUGUGUUCUGGAGGAUCUCAGACUAUUAUGUAUAUGGGACAUUCUCUGUAUAUGGAAACAGGAAAAAACUUUGUAUUGAUAUUUUUAAUUAAAUGAGAACUGGUGAGAAA